UGCCACUAUCCCUAGUAUACACAGACGCACACACAUACGCACACACACGCAUACGCGCCGACUGUCACCACUCUGGAGUCAGCAGUUCUGCGUGUACCUGUGCUUGCAAACAGAGGGAGCGCGCAUUAGCCAAAUGGACCCGGUGGAUUUUACUUGAGGAGCGACAGAAACGGGACUAUUAGACAAUUAGCAAUGUCUCCAUAUUGCAUUGCAUGGAUUUACGGACUGUUGCUUGUCACGUUUUUGAAGAGUUAACGGCAAAGGUGCAUGCAUACCAACAUGGAUUGCCUUUUCCUUUUGCUUUGGAGUUUACAAGUCCCACUGGUAACCUGCACAUCAUUUAGAUCGCUGGCAAGUGUGUCGUUUGGAAACUUUCUAAAGGCUGUGCAGUUCUGUUGUUUACACUCUGUGGCAUCGGUCUCGUUUACCGGAGACACCGGCGGACUGUAUCAAGAUUAUGAUUUUGCCACACCAGUGGAAGUGGACUCCUAUGGAGGCUACAUUUCGCAUGAUGUGUCAAGACAUGGACGGAGUCGAAGGUCUCUGUCAGAAGCUGGCAGUUUAGUGCACUAUCAUGUCUCUGCUUUUGGCAAGGAACUACAUUUAGACCUCCAGCCAUCCCACGUGCUGGCAGAGGGGUUUACCGUACAGACACUGGGUGCAGAGGGCAUCAAUACAGCAACACUUGACCCCUCUAUUCAUAACUGUUUCUAUCAAGGUUCCAUACGAAACCAUUCUGAUUCAUCUGUGGCUUUAUCCACCUGUACAGGUUUGUCGGGCCUGAUCCGGUACUCCAGUGAGGAACUUUUCAUUACUCCACUACCACAGCAUUUGGCUUUACAACACAACUACAGCGCCCCCUCUGGACAUCACCCACAUGUCAUCUACAAGCGGUCAGCUGAGCGCAGAGUGCAUGCUGAUAAAACUGACCGGACCAGUCGCUUUAAAUCUAGCAACCCCUAUGAAGAUCAUCACCAUCAUCACCACCACCACCGUCACCAUGAUUACCAACACGGAAAGCUUCAGAGACAACAUUUCUGCGGACGCCGCAAGCAAUAUACUCCCAAGCCUCCUACAGAGGAUCACUUUGUCAUGCCUGACGAGUUUGAGCAGCAAAUCCGAGUAAAACGCUCAGAGAUCACAUCGAGCAAAGAGGGUGGGCUGAACGUGGAAACUCUGGUGGUGGCAGACCGGAAGAUGCUGGAGAAACAUGGCAGAGACAAUGUCACUACCUAUGUCCUUACUGUCAUGAACAUGGUCUCCAGUCUUUUCAAGGAUGGGACUAUUGGGAAUGAUAUCAACAUUGUUGUGGUCAGCCUCCUCCUACUUGAGAAAGAUCCGCUGGGCCUGUCUAUCAACCACCACGCAGACCAAUCCCUUAACAGCUUCUGCCAGUGGCAAUCGGGCCUUGUAGGUAAAAAUGGCAAGCGGCACGACCAUGCUAUACUGCUGACAGGGCUGGACAUCUGCUCUUGGAAGAAUGAACCGUGUGACACCUUGGGUUUUGCUCCGAUAAGUGGGAUGUGUAGCAAAUAUCGGAGCUGCACGAUUAAUGAAGACACAGGGUUGGGCCUUGCUUUCACAAUCGCUCAUGAAUCGGGACAUAAUUUUGGAAUGAUCCAUGACGGAGAGGGGAAUCCCUGCCGGAAGACUGAGGGGAACAUAAUGUCUCCAACACUCGCCGGGAAUAAUGGUGUUUUCUCGUGGUCUGCAUGUAGCCGACAAUACCUUAACCGGUUUUUAGGUACAGCUCAGGCUUCGUGUCUAGUGGACGAGCCCAAGCAGAUUGGCCAGUACAAGUAUCCUGAGCAGCUUCCAGGUCAGCUGUACGAUGCAGAUAUACAGUGCAAAUGGCAGUUUGGCUCAAAGGCAAAACUAUGCGGCCUGGACUUUGUAAAGGACAUCUGUAAAUCAUUGUGGUGCCACAGAACAGGACACCGGUGUGAGACCAAGUUCAUGCCUGCUGCCGAGGGCACCAUCUGUGGAGCAGACAUGUGGUGUCGAAAAGGACAGUGUGUCAAAUUUGGUGAUCACGGUCCUAAAGCAGUGCACGGCCAGUGGUCAGGCUGGUCUGAGUGGUCUGACUGUUCACGUACCUGCGGUGGAGGGGUCAUGUAUCGAGAGAGAUCCUGCAACAGCCCCAGCCCACAGCACAACGGCAAGUUCUGCCAAGGCCCCGGUCGACUGCACCAGCUGUGUAACACCAAGCCAUGCCAGCCCGAUGGAGUGGACUUCAGAGCUCAGCAGUGCGCAGAGUACAACAGCAAACCAUUCAGGGGGUGGUACUACAAAUGGAAGCCAUACACCAAAGUGGAAGAAGAGGACAUCUGCAAGCUGUACUGCAUCGCUGAGGACUUUGAUUUUUUCUUUGCUAUGUCCAGCAAAGUUAAAGAUGGGACAUCUUGCUCUGACUACAAAGGGGGCGUGUGCAUAGACGGGAUAUGUGAGCCGGUGGGCUGUGACCAGGUGUUGGGAUCAAAGGCCGCUCUGGAUGCCUGUGGGGUGUGUAAAGGAGACAACUCCACCUGCAAGUUCUACAGUGGCCAGUACACCCUUCAGCACAGAGCCAAUGAGUAUUACCCUGUUGUGAUGGUUCCUGCCGGCGCGAGGAGCAUUCAAGUGCAGGAGAUGGAGAUUUCCAACAGCUACCUGGCUGUUCGCAGCCUGAAACGUGGCACUUAUUACCUGACGGCGGAUUGGACGGUGGACUGGCCGGGCAGGUUCCAGUUUGCCGGUACUACAUUCAACUAUCAGCGCUCUUUCAACCGGCCUGAGACGUUGUUCGCCACAGGCCCCACUAAUGAGACCCUGCUCUUUGAAAUUCUUCUUCAAGGUAAGAAUCCUGGUAUAACAUGGGAGUACACUCUACCACAUCCAGAGAAGAAGCAUAACUACACCUGGUCUGUUGUGCGCUCUGACUGCUCGGCACCUUGUGCGGGAGGUCGUGUAUCGACGAAAGCCAUUUGUCUGCAGGAUCAGCAGACGCAGGUCAACUCUUCACUCUGCAACCCUCAAACAAGACCGGUGGUUGGCUCUCACCUGUGCAACACACAGCCCUGCCCUGCCUACUGGACCACAGGUAAAUGGGGAGUGUGUAGCAGAACAUGUGGAGGUGGCCAGCAGACGAGAAACAUCCGCUGCCUGAGGAAGGUGACGUACCAGCGGGAGGAGGUGGCCGCUCAGUCCUUGUGCCCAGUAAUGGCUCCGGCUCAACUACAGCCCUGCAACACACAGUCAUGUCCUCCAGAGUGGAGUACCAGCUCCUGGACCCAGUGCUCGAAGACCUGCGGACGAGGCUUGAAGAAGCGCAGUGUUUUCUGCAGGAGCACUGAUCCAGGUGCCAGGGCUGUGGUGGUGCCUGACAGCAUGUGUAAAUUACACCUGAAGCCCAAAGCCCAGGAGAGCUGUGUGCUGAGCCGCUGCCCCAAGAAUGAGCGUCUUCAGUGGAUAACUAGCGCCUGGGGAGAGUGUUCGGCCUCCUGUGGAGCAGGAGUAAGGAGAAGAGAGCUGCACUGUGGGGAGAAAGACUCUCAAGGAGGCUACACCGAGUUCCCUGCGAGGAGGUGCAGGAACUUACAAAAGCCUGAAGCAGAUCUCGAGCAAUCCUGUAAUAACGGCCCUUGCCCAGAGCCCUUGGCACCCCAGCUCCUCCAGCCUGGCGGACCUUCUGUGACACUGGGCUGGUACUCUUCUCCUUGGCUGCAGUGCACAGUGUCCUGUGGUGGUGGGGUGCAGACACGCAGUGUUCAGUGUCUGAGACAGGGGCGUCCGUCAGUGGGCUGUUUCCCUCACCAGAGACCGAUAAGCUCACGGGCCUGCAAUACACACUUCUGUCCUGCUCCAAUCCCAGUGCCAGUCCCACCUCCUUCACCCACUCUUAAAGAAGACCAGCCAUGCAUUGACUUCUUCAGCUGGUGUCAUCUGGUGCCUCAGCAUGGUGUUUGCAAUCACAAAUUCUACGGUCAACAAUGCUGCAAGUCCUGCUCCGCAAAGAGACAGUAAAGCAGAAAAUCUUCACUUCCCUCAGGCCUCCUCACUGACUCUGAGAUCUGUAAAUCCUUGUGAUAAAGAUGGCCACUAUGGACAAAGUUGAUAUUUGCGAGAUGUGGUACAGAAAGAGAAAUUCCAACAGUCCGUGUCUUGGACUGAUAAGAGAUAAUGAGAGCCUGGUGUCCGAGGAACUCAAAAACACAUUGGACUGAUUCUGGCUUUAUUGGAGGUUUUUCAAAAGCCAAUCUACGGAACAUUUACAUUGUAAAUACCUUUGUUUGUUCUCCUUUGAUUGGAGAUGCAAGCAUCAGUUAAAGCCAUUAAGAGACAGCUAUAUGCUACAUUGAUGAGAACCAUUGGCGUUACUCUGGUCAAUGUGUGGCUGUGCACUCCUGAAGUACUGUAGAAUUUGUGUUUCCUCUUUGAGCUCCAGACGAACCCAUAAAACAAUAUGUUUACCAGCAAGUUAAUGAAAACCGAAACACAACAUCCUUAGAGCCCAUUCAUACCAUUUUUGUUCCACUGCACUGCUUUUUAAUUAAUUUCUGUGUAAACACUUACUUAAAGUUACACAAACUAAUUUCGAGAGAAGCACGUGAUAUGAUUGAUUGCAGCUGGUCUCCCAUCCAUAAUCAUUAGUAAGCCAAUCAGAUUAAUCCAAACUCACUAUAAAUAGCCCGUCUAGUGCCCACUAUAAAUCCAUCCCAUCUCCCCUUUUUCCUCCUUAACAGGGUGAGCUCUCGAGAACUAUCUGAUCUCGGACACCCUUACAUGCUCAUUGACCAUACGGGAGCCCUCGACUCAAACAUCUCCGAGCUCAGGGUUCUCUCCCAGGACAGCAUACCAAACCUGUGAAUGUUAUCAAGCCAAUAUCUUAAGUGCGAACUCUUGAAGUGACGUUUCACAAACUAAUUUCAAGAGGAGCAUGUGGUAUGAUUGAUCGAGACUGGUCUCCCAUCCCUAAUCAUUACUAAGGCAAUCAGAUUAAUUCAAACUCCCUGUAAAUAACCCGUCUAGUAUUACUCCCUUAUCUUC